AUGACCAUGGUGAGCGAUGUGUUUGUGUCCGCAUCUACAGACAUAUCGAACCAGACAAGCAGCAACAACAUCUCCCUGCAGACUAUAAUCUUUAAUGGCACGUAUGGCGGCAACUUUACCUCGUCACAGACGUCAGACAUUACCUCCAAGACGGUGCAGGUGGUUGUCAACAGCACGUCGAACGAGGUCACGAGCGCCAUAGAGAACAUGCUGAUUGACUGGUUCGAGCAGAAUCUGGAUCAAACCCAGGAUGGACUGACAACGUCCAAGAACAAGUCGGAAGUCGUGGACAUUGUGAGGCAGUCCGUCCACUCCAACAUUGACGCCGUCUUCAAGACCAGGGUCGACAACACACUAAAGUCUACCAACUCGUCCACACAGUCUUACAGUUUUGUGGGUAAGGUGGAGGGCGACUGCCAAAUGGACCAGACGUCAAUCAUUGACUCCUUGUCUGAGCAGUUUGCCACGACACUUGUGCAGAAUGUGCUGGACUUGCUGGGGGUCAUCACAACCGACAAGGAGUCCACCCUGAACACGUCCCAGGAGAACACCGGCUCGUUUAGCACAACCAUGCUUAUCAUGCUGGCCAUUAUUGCGGUUGCGAUCCUGGCCAUUGUCAUUAUAUUUAAAUUCAAGAAAUAG